AUGGCUAAUGCUUGGAGAAGAAACCAACCGACAAAGAUUCUCACCUCUAGAAAUCUCCUCCUCUUCAUCUCCUCAUCUCUAGUCCUCCUCCUCUUCUUCUACCUCACCUCUCAGUCCCAAACCAAUACCCCAUACCUCAACUCCCUCAAAACCCCCAUCUCUCACUGCGCUAUAAAGCCUUUCGAAUGCUACGCUUCACCCCAAGCUCAUCUCGUUUUCGCCAAUGUCGUGGAGGGUCUUAAAUACCCAUUCCUCUACUCCCUUUCCGACUUUGGGAAUUUUCCAGAGAAACCCCACAAGAAUAAUAACAGGACUCUCAAGGGAAAGGCGUUUAGGAAGCCUAAUAUAUUUGAGACUAUGCAGGAGUUGCUGGAAAAGAUGAAAAACGAGGACCGGAAGGGGAUUUUUGUGGAUGUUGGGGCUAAUGUAUGCAUUUAUCUAUCACUUCUUGGAUUGUCUUAG